UUGAAACACAAAGACUAUAAAAGCAGCGCGCCUGCAGUAAACACAACAUACUGUUGGAACAUAACACGUAAAGCUGUUGAAGACAUGGGAACCUCAGUACUUUUUAUAGUAGCCCUCGUGCUUACGAUAUGUGCAGUGGUCUUCCAGAUUAUUGGCUUGGCAGCACCAUAUUGGGUCUUCAUAGAUGGUAGUUUAUUUGAUACGUGGUACGGUUUGUGGACUACGUGCAUUAAAUCACAGACAGCUACAACAUGUACAAGUGAAGACGCUAAAGAAGAUUGGGAGAGAGCUGUACGAGCUAUGAGCAUUCUUGGGUUUCUAGUGUUGAUUGUCGCUGUUGUCAUGACUGUUCUAAAACUAUUCGUCAUGAAAGACAAGAAACCGGUUCUUUUUGCCGGUAUAGGAACAUCAUUUGCCGGAGGUAUCUUUAUCCUGAUAGCAGUGGCAGUGUUUGCAGCAAAAAAUAAAGAUGUUUUAGCUGCUUCUGGUGUUAAUGAUUUUGACUACCAUUUUGCGUUUGCGUUCAGUAUCAUUGCGAUGAUAACGGCAUUCGCCGCAGGAGGUGUGAUGCUAUUUGGCAUGAUGAAAGAGUGAGUUGCCUGUACGGACAUCCGAUGCGUUUCACAUGUGGAGGAUUCUUUUCAAGAGAUUUUGAACACCUUUAAUUAUUGUGAAUUGUGUGUAAAUGUGUGUUACUCUAAUAUAUCCAUAUCAUGUUUUCUCUUCUUUUACAUGAAUAUUUACCUUAGGGACUUACAUGUAAAGCAUGAUGUCAUAGAGCACAUUUAUUGGUCAAGGAGCUUAUUUGUUAGUAUGUAAAUUUUUACACACCUUUUAUAUUAUUCUACAGUGAUGUGCCAUAUCAUGUAGUAAUCAUUGAAAGAAGACGGUUCAGUUUCCUUCAUUAUUUGCCCUAUAAUUCAAAAGUUGUUAAAAGAAGUUCGCUCCUCACUUUUUCGGUAACUAUUUUAUGUCACCUGUUAUCUAAAAUUUUUGCAUCAUAUAUUGAUUCUAUUUAUAUAUUUAUAUUUAUAUUUUACAAUUCCAAAUAAACUAUGCUAAAUGAAAUUGUUAAAAGAA